AUGACUUCAUUGAUAAAGAAUCAUACCUGGGAUUUGAUUGAGAAACCGGAAGAUGCCAGGGUUGUAGGCAGUAAAUGGAUCUUUACAGUGAAAUCAGGGAUUCCAGGGGUUGAGGCAAAGCGGCACAAGGCAAGGUUGGUGGCUCAGGGGUUUUCUCAGACAGAGGGUGUUGACUACAAUGAGAUCUUCUCACCUGUGGUUAAGCAUGUCUCUAUUCGACUAAUGCUAUCAGCGGUUGUUAACAGAGACUAUGAGCUAGAACAGAUGGAUGUCAAGACUGCAUUUCUACACGGUGACUUAGAAGAAAGGAUACUAAUGAAGCAACCAGAAGGUUUCAUUAAGAAAGGAGAUGAAAACAAAGUAUGCCUACUCAGGAAAUCUCUAUAUGGUCUAAAACAGUCACCAAGGCAGUGGAAUAUCAAGUUUGACAGUUUUAUGAAGGAAGCAAACUUCAUCAGAGCGAGCAGUUUGUCAGAGAUCAGAUUGGUAAAAGACAGUUUGAGCUCUAAGUUCGAAAUGAAAGACAUGGAUGCUACAACAACAACAACUCCACUUGCUACUCAUUUCAAGCUAAAAAGUUUAACUAAAGCAGAGAAAUUAGAGGAAGCAGUUCAUAUGGAGAAUACACCCUAUGCUAGUGCAGUGGGAAGUUUGAUGUAUGCAAUGAUUGGUUCAAGGCCAGACUUAGCAUAUGCAGUUGGGGUUAUAAGCAGGUUCAUGUCAAAUCCAGGGAGAGGUCAUUGGACAGCAGUGAAAUGGGUUUUACGCUACCUAAGAGUCUGUGGUAGCCUAUCAACUACUGAAGCUGAGUACAUGGCCCUAUCUUCAGCAGUGAGAGAGGCUAUAUGGUUAAAGGGUUUAUGCAGUGAGUUGGGUUUUGAUGCAGGUAACUCCAUUGUCAAAGGUACCUCGCAAACAAGAAAAGGUACCUCGCAAACUCCGAUUUGCUUCGACGUGAUAGUGAAUGCGACGGAAGGCGCGAUUCCUUCCCCCAGAUGUAGCUACAAAGAAGACGGCAAUUCUUGUUCCUUGAAGAACAGAUUUGAGGUUUUCGACACAAAAACACAGAGUUGGGACACUGAGAGCAUCGACCCUUGCAGCGAGACACAAUGCAAUUUUAAUAACUCGAGAAGCGCAUGUAUUGACGGAAAGUUACACGUGCUGAAGACUAGAACACAGGGGGUAGCUUUCAAUUCCAAGGAACGUAGAUGGGACUUGAGUGGACCACAAAUGGGUCAUUAUAUGAUUUCUUAUUCUUACUGCGUGAUAGAGAAUGUUAUGUACCUUAUUACUUCUGACGGAUUAUUGUGUUGGUAUGACACCGAGGUAAGCAGGUGGAGAUGUUUGACGGGUUUGGAAGGACUACCUGAGUUCCGUCAUGACGCUAGAUUGGCUGAUUAUGGUGGAAAGCUUGCGGUUUUGUGGGAAGGCAAGAUAGAGAAUGAUCCGUAUGAUUUAAGGCAAGGGGGCGGCUAUAACAAGAUUUGGUAUGCGGAGAUUGCGCUUGAGAGACGGCAAAAAGGACGUGAGAUUUGGGGGACAGUUGAGUGGCUUGAUAAUGUGCUCACAGUCCCUAAAUCAUGUAAUCUCGUGAAGGUUCUUGCGGUUACUGUUUGA